GACUCAAAGUCCCGAGGCUUGCGCCCCAGAGACCAGCGGCCAAAGCUCAUCGGUGUAGACUCUUCAACCACCGGGUUGAGCACCCAACUUGACUGGAUCUUUACUCGAGGUGGACGAUGCCGGCCAUGGGGUUGGUGGGCCUCCUGUGGAUGGCCGUGGUGCUGGCCGCGUGUCGGGGAGACGAUCACGUUCCUGUGCCCCCCGGCGGGAGGGAAGGCUUCCUCAUCGGCAACAUAUUCCACAACAAGACCGCGAUCACCGACCGAAAUCACCUGGAGGAGGAGCUGAAGGGACACGUGGGGGAAGUGGACGUGUCCAAGAUGAGCGAGGCGGAGCAGGAGUUUUAUUAUUUCACGAUGCACGACUUUGACGGCAACUCGUUCCUGGACGGCCUCGAGAUGCUGGCGGCGCUGGCGGACACCCUGCAGGAAUCGCUGGGCGACGUGGGUCCAGAGGAGCGACUCGCCGUCUACGAGCGGAUGGUGGACGAGGUCCUGCAGGAGGACGACUCGGACGGAGACGGCCUCCUCUCCUACGCCGAGUACAGCCGCGCUCACGGGCGCACGGCCCGUACCGCAGGGGUCACAGAAGCCCCGGAGACCAGGGAGGGGGCCUGAAGGGA